AAAUGGGAAGUGUGGGACCCGGGAAACUAGAGAGCACCAAAAGGACGAUAUAUAUAUAUGACACGUGACGUACAGUUGCCGUGUACUACCUUGGUGCCGCGUGCAAUAAAACCGCGCGCCUCUCACCACAUUGAAGAUUUCUAUUUAUCGGAUUAUUAAAGGUUAUGCAGUUGCAUCAACGCGACAUCUCCGCACUGCCUGGCAUUGCCAGCAGUUAUCAGUGAUUUCAUUGAUUGAUAUCAGGAUUUCGUGUUGGCCUCCUUUUCUAGGACUACUCGUGUAUAAGGAGAACAAUGGACUAAACGUUUUCUCGAAUAGCUACUUUACAAGGGAAUAAAUCUAAUUUGAAAAUUGGCGCCGAGUUUUCGUGGCUACAAAUUGUUGUUUGGUAGGGGAAAACUACGCAAUCUGUGUGAUGCUUCGGGUGUUAUAGGCGUGCAGCAAGACUAGCCUUUUAAUAGUUGAAUUUCCUAACCACUCUGAAUCGACCCGAAAAUGUCUAAUACAAAGUUCAAAAAGGAUAAAGAAAUCAUUGCUGAUUACGAGAGUCAAGUUAAAGAGAUCCGUGCCCAGCUGGUGGAGCAGCAGAAAUGCCUGGACCAGCAGACAGAGAUGAGGGUGCAGCUCCUCCAGGACCUGCAGGACUUCUUCAGGAAGAAGUCCGAGAUUGAGAUGGAGUACUCCAGGAACCUGGAGAAACUGGCAGAGAGGUUCAUGGCUAAGACUCGGAGCACCAAGGACCACCAGCAGUACAAGAAGGACCAGAACCUGCUGUCCCCGGUUAACUGCUGGUACCUGUUGCUGAACCAGGUGAGGAGGGAGAGCAAGGACCAUGCCACCCUCAGUGACAUCUACCUGAACAACGUCAUCAUGCGCUUCAUGCAGAUCAGCGAGGACUCCACACGCCUGCUCAAGAAGAGUAAGGACAUAACGUUUCAGCUUCAGGAAGACUUGAUGAAGGUCCUCAACGAGCUUUACACUGUGAUGAAGACUUACCACAUGUACCACACGGAGAGCAUUAGUGCAGAGAGCAAGCUGAAGGAGGCGGAGAAGCAGGAGGAGAAGCAGAUCGGCCGGGCCGAGCCCGUCUUCAGCUAUCGCCUAGAAGACAAACACCAGAGACGCAGCUCCGUCAAGAAGAUUGAGAAGAUGAAGGAAAAGCGCCAGGCCAAGUACUCGGAGAACAAGCUGAAGUCAAUUAAAGCACGGAACGAGUACCUGCUGACACUGGAGGCGACAAAUUCCUCCGUCUUCAAGUACUACAUCCACGACUUGUCUGACUUAAUUGACUGCUGUGAUCUGGGCUACCACGCCAGCCUGAACCGUGCCCUGAGGACCUACCUAUCGGCUGAGUACAACCUGGAGACAAGUCGCCAUGAGGGCCUAGACAUCAUCGAGAACGCCGUGGACAGUCUGGACCCCCGCAGCGACCGCCAGCGCUUCAUGGAGUUGUACCCCACAGCCUUCUGCCCGCCCAUCAAGUUCCAGUUCCAGCCCCACAUGGGCGAUGAGGUGUGCCAGAUCGCGAUGCAGCCGCCGGUGAGCGGAGAGCUGAUGUUGAGGUUCCAGCAACUACAGUCCCGCCUGGCAACUCUGAACAUCGAGAACGAGGAGAUCAAGAAGACGUCAGAGGCCACCCUGACGACCAUCCAGGACAUGGUGACCAUCGAGGACUACGAUGUCUCCGAGUGUUUCCACCACAGCCGCUCAACUGAGUCGGUGAAGUCCACCGUGUCGGAGACUUACCUCAGCAAGCCCAGCAUCGCCAAACGGAGGGCCAACCAGCAGGAGACUGAACAAUUCUACUUCAUGAAAUUCCGGGAGUUUCUGGAGGGCAGCAAUCUCAUCUCCAAACUGCAGGCCAAGCACGAUCUACUGAAGAGGACUCUGGGAGAAGGUCACCAAGGGGACUAUAUGACCACAAGGCCUCCCAAUGUGCCGCCCAAACCUCACAGUGGCAGAAAUAGGAGGGCUAGGCCCCGCUCGGUCUUUAACGUUAAGUUGUUUAAUGGCAAUCUGGAGUCCUUUGUCAAGGACUCUGGACAAGCUAUUCCCCGUGUGGUGGAGAGCUGUGUUCGAUUCAUCAAUCUCUAUGGCCUUCAGCAUCAAGGGAUAUUCCGUGUGUCCGGGUCUCAGAUGGAAAUCAAUGACAUCAAGAACUCAUUCGAGAGAGGUAAGGACCCAUUGACAGAUGAAGAGAACAACCACGACAUCAACUCGGUUGCCGGGGUUCUUAAACUCUACUUCCGGGGCCUGGAGAAAUCCCUCUUGCCCAAGGAAAGAUUUAAUGACCUCCUCUCCUGCGUCAGAAUAGAGAACCUGUAUGAGAGGUCCCUGUACAUCCGUAAGAUUCUUCUGACCGCCGUGCCCAGAUCCAUCCUCAUCGUGAUGCGCUACCUUUUUGCCUUUCUCAAUCACCUGUCCCAGUACAGCGAUGAGAACAUGAUGGACCCCUAUAACCUGGCCAUCUGCUUCGGGCCCACCCUCAUGCCCACACCCAACAUCGAGGACCAGGUGUUGUGCCAGGCACACGUCAACGAGAUCAUCAAGACCAUCAUCAUCCACCACGAAACCAUCUUCCCCGACACCAAGGAGCUGGACGGGCCCGUCUACGAGAAAUGCAUGGCCGGGGAAGACUACUGUGAGAGUCCCUACAGUGAGCAUGGGGCCAUAGAGGAGGUGGACAAUGAGGGAGGCACUGAGACGCAUACCAGUGAGGAUGAGGGCGAGCCCAUCGAAGCAAUUGCCAAGUUUGACUACGUGGGACGUUCUGCCCGAGAGCUGUGCUUCAAGAAGGGCGCCUCCCUGCUGCUGUACCAGCGGGCAUCGGACGACUGGUGGGAGGGACGGCACAACGGCAUUGACGGCCUGGUACCUCACCAGUACAUCGUGGUGCAGGACAUGGAUGAUAAUUUCUCAGACACGCUUAGUCAGAAGGCUGACAGUGAGGCCAGCAGUGGCCAUGGAGCUGAGGACAAGUGUUCAGGAAAAGACAUGAGCUCUCCUACUGACACCAGGAUCACUGACGCCUACAUUGGCAGCAGGCAUAAGAAGAGGACGGAGCCCCCCUCCCGCCGCCCCCCGGCACGCCCUAAUGAUGUCAACUGCAUGGUGCAACCCUCCCAGCAGAUCCACGGUGGCCAGGCUCACACGCCUGAGAUGGGCUCCCCAGUUCUGGGUCACUCCUUCAGCCCCCGGGACCUGCUGCGGAGCCGUAACCACGGCCAGCUUCCCAUGAACAGCCCCGAGCACCGGCGCCGAACAGGCCACGGCAGCCUGACCAACAUCAGCCGCCACGAGUCACUGAAGAAGAUGGAGAGCCCGCCCAUUCGACGCUCCACAAGCUCGGGCCAGUACACGGCCGUGUUCCAGGACCCCCACCUGCACGGUGGUGGCAAGCCCCUGGAUCCGGAGACCAUUGCACAGGACAUAGAGGAGACGAUGAACACGGCGCUGAACGAGCUGCGUGAGCUGGAGAGGCAGAGUUCGGCCAAGCACGCUCCCGAUGUUGUGCUGGACACCCUGGAGCAGAGGCAGUCGACCGGGGGUCCCACCCCAGCCAGCUCCAGCGAGUCCCUCAGCCCCCUCCACAACAUCCUUCUGAGGGCUCAGACCGGCGAGGCCGGGGGGCCCCCGAUGCGCCGCAGCACCAGCUCUUCCAGCGACACCAUGAGCACCUUCAAGCCAGUAGUGGUACCCCGUAUGGGGGUGCAGCUUAAGCCGCCUGCCCUGAGGCCCAAGCCGCUGGUGCUGCCCAAGACGGGCCCGGCUCACCCUCCCCCUGUACACCCUCCCCAAGACCCCCUCGACAAGUCGUGCACCAUGUGAACUUUGAACUCUGGGAUGGGAACAUGGACCAACAGGAAACUGGGAGAGGGUCUCUGACUACAUAUAGUAGCAAUAUGUUAUCAUUGUCUAUAGAUGAUAAUAAUACUAACAAUAUUGUGUAAGACAGUAUAAGAACAGUCCAUUGCCUGGACAUUGAGGAUGCUGUUGUAAUUUACUUUGUGAGAAAGAUGUGUUUUCUUGUGUCGAGAAGUUAACCAGUGUCCAGUAAGUUAACCACAUUUAUUAACAAUGAAAACAGGAACAUUCUCAGGUCUGCUAGACAGACUGAACUACCACAAGGAAAGGAGCAUGUUUCAGUGUGACUAACUAUUUAACAGACAAAUAAUUGUCAAGAUCCAUAUGGAAAAUACUGUAGAAUCUGCUGAAAUGCCUAGCAUCGCUAGAUAAGUCAACGUUUUCUUCUUGAUCAUUACUGUAUACAGAACAACAAAUCAUGAGGCUUCCUUUGAGGUUAGAGAAACUUGUCUGGUAGUUUACAAAAACUAGAGAACUACAAAAGAAUGAAAGCUAAAGAAAUAAAAUAGUGCACGUUGCAAUUCUGUUUUGCUUACUACUCAGCCAGGGGAACUAUGGGAAAUGUAGCUGAACCUGACUACGGUUUGCUUCUCACUUAGAUGGACAAUGCUUAGAUUUAGAGUACCAAUCGUAAGGCUUUACUGCCACUCAGAAAUAUAAGCUGUCAAUAGUGAAAUUUCAAACCACCAUUUGAAAGCUGUUGGAAGUUUGGAUGUAGCUAAUGUUUAUAGCUGAGACUGAAGCAGGGAGGGCAAGAGUCCAGAUAUGUGUGUGAUCAUAAGGAUGCACUCUCACAUACAGUUUUGGCCAAAUAUAUUCGCACCCUUGCACUUUUCUUAAAUAAUUCACUAUUUCUUCUCAAAUAAAUUGCAAUUGGAAAAAAAACAUUGCAGAACGUAUUUUAUUUUUGUAAACUGUAUUUUCUAAAUUAAAUUUGUAAACUUAAGACAAAUGGCCUGGGCAAAAUGAUUGGCACCCAGGAGCUAGUACUUGUGCUGUGGGGUUGCUUUGCUGCCUCUGAUACUGGGGCCUUGAACGUGUGCAAGACGACAUGAAAUCAGCAGAUUAUCAAGCUAUUUUGGAGUUCAAUGUUCAACACCGUGUCCAAAAAUAGUGUCUUUAAGGUUGUGGCUCUUCCAGCAGGACAACAAUCCAAAACACACGUCAAAAGCACCUUGAAAUGGUUCAAGAAGAAUCGCUGAACUGUUCUGGAGUGGCCAGCGAAGAGUUCAGAUCAGAAUCACAUCCAUAACCUAUGGAGGAAUCUGGAAGCAGCAGUUGGUGGAGGGCUCCCUCAAACGUUGAACAAUUAUAGCAGUUUGCUGCAGAAAAGUGGGCCAAAUUGCCUGUUGAAAGGUAUAGCAAGCUCACUGAUGGCUCCAAGAAGCAUUUAUCUGAAGUUAUCUUGGCCAAAGGCCAUGUAACCAACUUCAAGCUCCAACUUCAAGCUCCAACUUCAAGCUCCAACUUCAAGCUCCAACUUCAAGCUCCAACUUCAAGCUCCAACUUCAAGCUCCAACUUCAAGCUCCAACUUCAAGCUCCAACUUCAAGCUCCAACUUCAAGCUCCAACUUCAAGCUCCAACUUCAAGCUCCAACUUCAAGCUCCAACUUCAAGCUCCAACUUCAAGCUCCAACUUCAAGCUCUGGGGCUAAUCAUUUUGUUCAUGACAUUUUCUUUAUUUUCUCAAAUUGUAAACUUAAGUUCACAAACAUAAAAUUGGUUCUGCAAUGUUGAAAAACCAAUAGGGAGUGGAGACCGGUUUAUUUAUUUUUUUAGGUUUCUACUUAUUUGAGAAGAAACCGGGAAUUAUUUAAGAAAAGUGCAAAGGUGCCAAUAUAUUUUGCUGCAACUGUAUAUACUGUAGAUAUAAUUGGACAGUAGAUGAUGAGAUGUUUAUUUGGUGCACAACAAGAGUACAAAUGAACUGGAUACACUUUUGUCAAGGACUAGGCUGGACUUUUGUCAAGGACCUCCCAAAAGUUCUGAGAAUGAUGUUACGAGAUGUUACAAGAUUGCCUACAUGUUGAUUUUAUAUCGCUUUAAUUUUAUCGCAGCAUCAUAGUUCUAAUCGAGGUCUGGAAGGAGACAAGAGGAUACAACCACUGUGAAAUAUGACCCGUUAUGGAAAUCCUGUGAAAAUGUUUAUAUACUCUUGAAGACCUGUGUCGAACCUUCGUCGGGUUUUUGUCUUUAUAUUCAAGGGGAGCGGUUGAGAAUGGUUUGCAUAUAAAACAGAGUAUAGAAAACACACCAGAGCUUGGUUUACAACAACACACAAUGCCUGGCUUUCUCUGUCCAAAGACGACAUCUACUUUUACAGCAUGGAUGUUUGUUUCUCUCUCUCCCUCGUUCUGCAAUUGUAAGCAUUCUUUUAGACUCCCUAAACUCAUGGCAGUAAACUCCCAAAGACAGAAUGCUGGACUGACUGUUACUGUAAAAGACCCAUUUUGUUCAUACUGCUUCUUGUCAGUGUUUUAGGAGCUUUAGAUCCCAUCCCCAUAGCCCCUUCUGAUCUGUAGGCUAAUCCUUGUGUUGUGGAUGGGGAGAUGGGCUGGUCCAUUACGCUGUGGGGGAGAUGUGACUGAUGUUUAGAUUCUCCAUCAGGACUUUGUUAGUACAUUUAGGUUAUACCCCCUUUUGAAUGAUUGUUGUGUGCCAGAUCCCAGCUGUAUAGAGGAGCAGACGCAGCACAUGUGGACGUGGGGAAUGCAUACUCACAUGUUCACUGAAGACCAUUUCACAGGAUGUGGGUGUCAUUGUGGAGGCUGCUGAGGGAACGAUGCCUCAUAAUAAUGUAUGGAAUGGAGUAUAAUCUAGUGAAUGGAAUGUUAUCAAACACAUGAAAACCAUGGUUGAUACCAUUCCCUUCACUCCAUUCCGGCCAUUAUUAUGUGCCGUCCUCCGCUCAGCAGCCUCCACUGGUGGGUGCAUGUGACAACUAACCAUCACAAGGGAAAUGGCCUCCUCAUACUGUAACUGUAUGUUCCCCUGUGACAGUGCCCUCUAUGGGUCUCUUUUAAAGGUGCUGUGUAGCUGAAGACAAUAGACUGAUGGAUGCAUGCGUGGGAAGCUUGCAUCUGGUUAAAGAACAAGGACUCCAAAAAGCAUUGUCUCAAGUUUGCAAUAAGCAAUGCUUUCCUUGGCAUACAAACUGCAACAGGUUUAUUUUUGUCUGUUGCCAAAAUGUCAUUUAUAUUAAAAGUGAAUAUGAUUUAAAUUCUGGAUUACUAACCCUUUCUGGAUUUUGUAAUCAUUUUUGUUUCAGAUUUUGUUUGUUAGAAUUGAAUGGGACUUUUAGAACAAAGGUUGUAGAAAUUCAAAGGUCCAAAGAACAGAGCCAUGGAAUUUGCAGGUGUCCCACCCAAACUUCGGUCGUAUUCAUCAGACACCAAAGGGAAGAGAACAAACAGGAAGGGACUACCCCAAUAAGAAACACUCAUUUUGCUUUCCGUUUUGCAACAGUGUCCUAAUGAACAUGAGCCUGUUGUAAUCUGUGUUGUCUUUCUAUAUGCCAUUAUACACAGUUAGCAGUGGAGUCCUGCCUGUUGACUGUUGCUUUGUGUCCAUGUACAUCUGUAGUAUGUACACAUGAAAGUGCCUUAGUUCAUAGUUUCUCUAAAACAGUUUCAAUGUUCUGUACGGUUGCAUUCUUAUUUCAGACCCUGUGUUAUGAGCAAGUGGAGUAGGAAGCGAGACAAAUUCAUUUAUGAGUGAGGUCUUGCAUCUCAAUAUCUGCGGUGCUGCUCGUGGCAACGUCAAUCUUUAAUAAUAAAGAUACUGCUUAUCCAUUGUGACAUUGCACAGAACUGUAUAUUUGGCAUGUAAACAGCUUAACAACUUGGAGCUCUGAGGACUGUUCCUCAAGGGUUUUUCUGUCUAAUAAAGGAAAUACACUGAACAACAAUAUAAACGCAACAUGUAAAGUGUUUGUCCCAUGUUUUAUGAGCUGAAAUUAAAGAUCCCAGAAAUUCUCAAUUCGCGCAAACUUUCUCUCAAAUGUGCACAAAUUUCUUUACAUCCCUGUUAGUGAGCAUUUCCAUCCACCUGACAGAUGUGGCAUAUCAAGGAGCGGGUUAAACAGCAUGAUCAUUACACAGGUG